GUAUAUUUCACACCCUUCGUUUUGCUUUUGACAAUCAUGUUCAGUUUACCUCGUCUUUUAUACAAAUUAUCAGUGAUUGCAAUACGUAAUAACAGUCUCAUUGCAUGCUGGAGCUACUAGCUACUCAGCUAUCGAAUAAUUUAACGUUAAAUGAUUCGAACUAGCCAAGUUAGCCACCUUUGGUAGUUUCACUUGCUUGCUGCUGAAUUUAUACAGGGAAUUCCUUCGCUGCUUGCUAUCAAACCUUCCCUAACGACAGACUAAGUUCGUUUGCUAAAGAUAUUACAUUAUUUAAUUUGUAUCAGUUAACUUCGUUCACUAAAGUCGUUGUUGGGAGUGCUUUCAUUCAGUAUUUUUUCUGCAGUUAUUCCGCUUCACAAACGCGAUUCAGAUAAAAAUGAGGUUGGUUAUCCUUGAAGACUACGAUCUUGCUAGUGAAUGGGCUGCGAAGUAUAUCCGAAACCGCAUAAGCCAGUUCAAGCCCAACGCCGACAGAUACUUCACGUUAGGAUUACCUACAGGUAGCACACCACUAGGAUGCUACAGAAAGUUAAUUGAAUACUACAAAAGCGGCGAUGUCUCCUUUAAAUUCGUCAAAACGUUCAACAUGGACGAGUAUGUCGGUCUACCAAGAGAUCACCCAGAGAGCUACCACUCCUACAUGUGGAGCAACUUCUUUCAGCAUAUUGACAUUGACCCGACCAACACUCACAUCCUGGAUGGCAAUGCUGCUAAUCUGGAGGCAGAGUGUGAGGCGUUUGAGCAGAAGAUCAUGGAAGCUGGAGGGAUAGAGUUAUUUGUUGGAGGUAUUGGACCUGAUGGGCACAUCGCCUUCAACGAGCCUGGAUCCAGCUUGGUCUCCAGGACGCGAGUGAAGACCCUUGCCAAAGACACCAUCCUUGCCAAUGCUAGGUUUUUUGGGAAUGACCUGUCCAAAGUCCCCACUAUGACCUUAACUGUUGGUGUGGGAACAGUAAUGGAUGCCAGAGAGGUUAUGAUCUUAAUCACUGGUGCGCACAAAGCCUUUGCCCUCUACAAGGCCAUCGAGGAGGGUGUAAACCACAUGUGGACAGUCUCAGCGUUCCAGCAGCACCCCCACACCAUCUUCGUGUGUGAUGAGGAUGCCACUCUGGAGCUCCGGGUGAAAACCGUCAAGUACUUCAAAGGCCUGAUGCAUGUGCACAACAAACUGGUGGAUCCUCUGCACAGCGUUAAGGAGCAGAAGCAUUAAACAGCAGAAGCACAGAGAAACUGGAGCCACGGCAGUCAAAAAACCAGCGGAACCCGGAGUAUGAGUUUGCUCAGCGACCUGUGCACACUCCAACAUUAAUUGUACAUUGGUUAGAAUGACCAUACUGGGGAAACAGAUUGAGGUCAGGACUGUUAUUUCCUGCCCCCGUCUAUACUGUAAAUCUACCCAAAUCGGUUUGUUACCCUGUGCUUCACUUUGUGGUUUGCAUUUCGCACGUGAAGUAUGAAUGCAAGUUUUGAUUGAUUUGAUGUCGAACGCUUUAUGGCUCCCAAGAUUGAACACUAAUGAUGGAACCGUGCUUCCCCUCCCUCUAAUGCUGCUGCUCCAUUUGCUUCUGGAAAUUGGAAUUGAACUACGGUACAAAGGAGUACAAGCCUUUCUCUCGCUUUCAGACAGGAAAAUGAAAAAUGUCAUAAAUCAUGCCAUUUUAUGUAGAACUGAACUCUUCAUUUUUUUCUUAGUUGACAGGAAACUUCUGAUUAACUUAAUGGAUUAAUGCUCCCUUGUUUGAAUUAGCUUUUUUUUUAAAGAAGGCGAUGAUCCUUCCCAUGCGUAAUUUCAGUGUUUAGGUGUAUUGUCUGUUAAAAUGUCAUUUUCCAUUUUUCUGCGUAGAUCUUAGGGGAUUAUCAAAUAUUGACUUUAUUCACUGUUUCCAAGCUCUCAGGACUCGGUUGUAUCACAUUAGAGGGAAAAAUUCCAAGGUAAGCCAAGUAGAGGCCAGGAAGACUGAAGCAGCCUGUUUGAUAAAGCUGGCAUUCUUACAAACCUCUUUAUGAUGAACUUUUCAAGUGCUGUAGAAUGGUGCGUUUACUGGGCAUGGGAUAGUGUUUACUUUAUGCAGAUAUUUUACACGUAGUUCCACUAUGGCAGGUUACAUGCAUUUAAGGUUACUUAAGGCUGUUAAAAUUGUCAACCCUUGACCGUAGCGUUUUAUUUUUUCUGUGAAACUGGAGAUUGUAGUCACUUUUCUGUCAUGUCGAGAAAGUGGACAUAUAUUUGAAAAUAACACUAGCAAAUGACAUAAAUCAAGGCGAUUGACACGCUAUUUACCACAUGAUGGAUGUAUGGUUUUAGUUACUGUA